CAGGAGUGGAUCAACAAUGCUCGGGAGAGCAUCGCGAAGUUUGACGGACUCAUCGGGCUGGGCGGCGCGGGCCUGGUGCGCGGGCUGGUCUUCGACGGCGAGCUGGAGGAGGGGGAGGACUGGGAGGAUGAGGACGAGGACGAGGACGAGACGGAGUACGCGACUCUUGUGGACGAGUCGUCUCCGACAGAGAAGCUCGCGACAAUGCCCCCUGAGGCGGCGCCCUUUGGAUUGAUGGCUAAAUUGUCGUUGGAGACCAAGAGGAAGGGAAAGAAGAGGAAUAGCGACGAAGGUCCGUCCAGUCCGGAAGAGCAGAGGGUUUUGCCGGUCCAAGAGGCCGAAGCCAUAGAAGAGACCGAACUCGGGUUGGCCAACGAGAACUUUUUCAGGCCGAGUCCUGCGGUUGAUUCGAAAAGGGUCUUAGCUGACAAGCAGUUGGCUCAAGCAGCUCCGAUCUUAGCUAGGGGGAUCGUCACCCUCGAGGAAGUGGACAAGUUAUUCAAGCUAUAUUACGACUACAUAAACCUGUCGGUGUCGCUCUUGGACCCAGAGUUAUAUACCGCGCAGAAGACAUACGUCCGCUCCCCCUUCCUCUUUACUGUCAUAUGCGCCAUUGCCUCGCGCUUCUACCCCGAGCGUCCCGAUCUGUACCCCAUGGCUAUGGAGUAUGCACGAUGCGCCGCCGGCGAUGCUCUCACGCGAGGGCAGAAGAACGUCGAGAUGGUCCAAGGCUUCAUCCUCAUGAGCCUUUACCCAGUCCCUACGCGACGCUGGGAAGACGACCGCAGUUGGAUCUACCUCGGGCUUGCGAUCCGCAUCGCCACGGAUCUCAACCUGCACCACCCAACCACCGCGAAACCGAAGAACGAGCAGCACGCGCGCGAGCUCCUGAACCGCACCCGAGUGUGGCUGAACUGCUUCAACGUGGACCGCUCGACGAGCUCGCAGUACGGUAAGAGUCCGAUCAUCAAAAAUACGGAUUUUGUAGCGAACCAUUCGGAGUCGUGGUGGCAUAGCUCGCCGUAUAAUAUGCCGGGGUUUGAUGUGCACAUUUGCGGAUACAAUGCGGAGCUGAAGACGAUGGCGAAGUUCGUGGCGGAAAUAUACAGUAACCCGAAUCAUCCCACUGGGCUGCGUACGGAUCUCGACUUCGAGGCCAUUGCGACGCAGACGGACGAAGAGUUGAAGAGCCUGGGCGAGCGAUGGUUUGCGUGCAUUGACCAGCAAGACCUGAGCGAUCCCCAGAUCCGCUUCCGCUCUGGAUUGCUGAAGUUAGCAUACAGCUAUGCCAGACUAGUUGCACUGUCCUAUGGAUUCCAGCAUUCGUUUGGCAAGGGCCACACGGAAGAUAACCCGUUCUUAAUCAGAUGCUUCAAAGCUGCCUCUGACGUAGUGACUGCUAUGGUAGAUGAUGUUGGAGUACCUGCUCAAAGGAUUUAUCUCCGACAUGGACCCGAAGCACAGAGUGUAUUCGUAACCUUCGCCUCCUCUUUCUUAGUCAAGCUACUUCAACCGAAGUUUGCCUCCUACCUCACCCGGGAUCAGCGGGUUGAGAUACGGCGUCUCGUGCAGAAAGUCAUUGAUCUGUUGGGAUCACCGGAAGUAUCCAUCGAUGACCGCCACGGACCAAAGUUGUACUCGCGAUUCCUGAAGGGUCUGCUGGCGACACCCAUUGCCCAGGUGGACCAGAACACGGAUCUGAAACGCCACCGCUCAGCCCGCUCGCAAAGGGCACACGAUGGAUCGGGUAGCUCGGAGAAUAUCGAACCGGUAUACGAUACCUCUCAGUCUACCCACACUUCCCCGGGUUCUGGAUACUCUAUGUCCCCGCAACCCUCGAGCGAGGCUCUGUCGUUCAACCAGUUCGCCCCCGCUGCGAAUGGUGUGGAUCCUUUCGUGUCGAGGCCCGCGAACGGCACCGAUGCUAGCAUGCUGGGCAUGAAUUUCACCGACAUGUUCCAGCCUCCACUGCCGGGAGAUGAGGAACUAAUGCAAUCGAUGCAAUCGUUGGAUCAGUCAAACUUGUUCAAUAAUGACCCAUUCAGUUGGAUGGGGCAAUAUGAUUACGAUCCAAAUCCUGCGGUGCAACAGCAGUAUCAGACCCAUCACGUAGGAGCCUUAUUUUGAAGUCUCGAAGCUUCCGUGCUUGCUUCACCCUCCGUCCGUUAGGCCGCUUCUGCCCGACAAUCCUCUUGGGCGCUCUAAAAUGUAUUAAUGACUUUGGAAUCCUGUAUUGUUUUGGGCUAGGUUCCUUGUUCGCUGAGCAUCGUGUACCAGUAGUAGCAAUAGUGUUUUCUAAUAUACUUGAAAGGUG